AAUGGAGAUUCUUGAGAGGAAAUGAAAGUAUCUCUCACUCUCUGGAAGUUGAAAAUUAUUCCAGUUCCAAUUGAAAUCCCAAGCAAUAACUUUCUUCUUCAACCUCACUGCCGGUGCUCUCGCUCUCUGUGAAUGUCUCUUUCAUUUGUCUUCUAUAGUAAACAAAUAAAUACAUAAUGGCUGGAAAAGUGGUUCCUGCUCAACCUGCUACUUCUUUUGAGUAUGAGCUUUUUGAAGGUGACUAUGACCGCCUUAGAACAGUUGUAGCUUCAUCAAAUCAGUCAACUCCUUGGAUUGACCCAGAAAAUUUGAAACUUAGACACAGAAUUGGGAGGGGUCCUUUUGGUGAUGUCUGGUUAGCUACUCAUCAUCAUUCAACUGAAGAUUAUGAUGAGUAUCAUGAAGUAGCUCUCAAGAUGCUCCAUCCAGUUAAGGAGGAUCAUGUUAGGGUUCUGUUGGAUAAGUUUGAUGAUUUAUUUUUGAAGUGUGGAGGGAUAGAAGGUGUAUGUUUGAUACGUGGAAUUUCUAUUAUAAAUGGAAAGAUUUGCAUCAUUAUGAGGUUUUAUGAGGGAUCAAUUGGUGAUAAAAUGGCUCGCCGUAAAGGGGGGAAGAUAUCAUUAGCUGAUGUUUUGAGGUAUGGGAUUGAGUUGGCACAGGGAGUUUUAGAAUUGCAUGCCAAAGAUCUCCUUGUUCUCAACCUUAAAUCUUCAAAUUUCCUUCUUAAUGAAAAUGAUCAAGCAAUUCUAGGAGAUGUCGGCAUUCCUUACCUAUUACUGGGAAUUCCACUUCGAAGCUCAGAUAUGUCUUACAUGCUUGGAACCCCAAACUACAUGGCUCCAGAACAAUGGCAGCCAGAAGUAAGAGGCCCCCUAUCCGCUGAGACUGACUCAUGGGGAUUUGCUUGUGGCGUUGUUGAGAUGUUGACUGGCAUUCAACCUUGGUCUGGAAGGUCAGUUGAAGAAAUUUAUGAUUUGGUGGUUAGAAAGCAAGAGAAGCCACGCAUACCUGAAGGCCUCCCUCCUCCAGUCGAAAAUGUUCUUCACAGUUGCUUUGAAUAUGACUUCAGAAAUCGACCCUUAAUGAAAGACAUAUUACGUAUAUUUAAAAGCUCACAGAAUGCAGUUUACGGCGAUGGAGGCUGGAGAGAACUUGGGAGCAGAACUAUAUUAGACAAAUCAGGAGGCACUGGUUACUCAAAGUGGUUUCUUUUGAAGGAUCAUCUGCAAGUGGGGGACACAGUGCGCUCUAGAAAACCUCUGAAUUCAAGCAAGUCUGAAAAUAUGGAUGUCCCAGAAGCGAUAGUGGUGGGUUUAGAACGUGACGCAGAUCAAGAUGGUUUUCUUUUGGUAAGAGUCCUGGGUAUCCAUGAUCCACUAAGAGUUCCCAUUUUGACCCUUGAACGGGUCACUUUUGGCUUGGCAGCUGGAGAUUGGGUGCGCUUGAAGGAGGAAAACAAAAGGCAUUCGCCAGUGGGUAUUCUUCAUUCCAUCAAUCGUGAUGGAAGUGUGGCUGUUGGAUUCAUAGGAGUGGAAACUUUUUGGAAAGGAAAUUCUUCAGAACUUCAGAUGGCAAAAUCUUACUUUGUAGGUCAGUUCGUGAGGUUGAAAGCUAAAAUUCUCAGUCCCCGAUUUGAAUGGCCUCGCAAAAGGCAAGGAGCCUGGGCUACUGGAAAGAUUCGGCACAUCCUGCCAAAUGGAUGCCUUGUUGUCAACUUCCCAGGCAGAUUGACUUUCGGAGAGGAACAUAACACUUUCUUGGCUGAUCCAGGUGAAGUAGAAGAGGUUUCCUUUAAUACUUGUCCGGGAAUGGUUAAAAAAUAUCAACAUCUUGAGGAUAUUCAUUGGGCAGUGAGACCGCUUCUGAUAGCAUUGGGUCUUUUCACUGCUAUGAAAGUAGGGGUUUUCGUGGGGAAGAAAAUGGGAAGGUCCAAAGGGAGGAAGCUAGAGAGUAAUGUGGUACAAAAUGAUGACCAGCCUAUGGCUGGCCCAAGUAGUGGACAUAGUGGCCAAGCAUGGUUUCCACCAUCUGUGGCAAAUAUUCUUGGUGUUACCACUGCUGCUGCUCCUCCUCGGUAGUUAAGCUUCUUAAGUUUCCAAAGAUCUGUAAAUAGCUAAUAUAAAGAAUUCAACUGUUUCUCCUAAGUUGUGAAAGAACCUUACUGCUAAUGUUCUUUUUCACUUGCUUUCUA